GCAGGAAGCAGGCCUAUGGCUGUAGGAAGGAACAACACAAUUUUGACAAAAUUCAUCCUCCUGGGACUUUCAGACCAUCCUCAAAUGAAGAUUUUCCUUUUCGUGUUAUUUCUGGGGCUCUACCUCCUGACGUUGGCCUGGAACCUAAGCCUCAUCACCCUCAUCAGGAUGGACUCUCACCUGCACACACCCAUGUACUUCUUCCUCAGUAACCUGUCCUUCCUGGACAUCUGCUAUGUGUCCUCCACUGCCCUUAAGAUGCUCUCUGACAUCAUCACAGAGCAGAAAACCAUUUCCUUUGUUGGCUGUGCCACUCAGUACUUUGUGUUCUGUGGGAUGGGGCUGACUGAGUGCUUUCUCCUGGCAGCUAUGGCUUAUGACCGGUAUGCUGCAAUCUGCAACCCCUUGCUUUACACAGUCCUCAUAACCCAUACACUUUGUUUAAAGAUGGUGGUGGGUGCCUAUGUGGGUGGAUUCCUUAGUUCUUUCAUCGAAACAUACUCUGUCUAUCGGCAUGAUUUCUGUGGGCCCAAUAUGAUCAACCACUUUUUCUGUGACCUCCCUCCAGUCCUUGCUCUGUCCUGCUCUGAUACUUUCACCAGUCAGGUGGUGACCUUCGUAGUGGGUGUUGUCGUUGGAAUAGUGUCUGUGCUAGUGGUCCUCAUCUCCUACGGUUACAUUGUUGCUGCUGUUAUGAAGAUCAGCUCAGCUACAGGUAGGACCAAGGCCUUCAGCACUUGUGCCUCUCACCUGACAGCUGUGAUCCUCUUCUAUGGUUCUGGAUUCUUCAUGUACAUGCGACCCAGUUCUAGCUACUCCCUAAACAGGGACAAGGUGGUGUCCAUAUUCUAUGCCUUGGUGAUCCCUGUGGUGAAUCCCAUCAUCUACAGUUUUAGGAAUAAUGAGAUUAAAAAUGCCAUGAGGAAAGCCAUGGAAAAGAACCCCAUGAUUUCUCACAGUCGACCAUUCAUUUUUAUGACCUUGGGCUAAUGUUUACAGUGAAGCUGUGAGAUGGGUCAAUUGUGCAGACAUUUACGUAAUUUUGAACUAGCUGAUCUAUAGAAGGAGUUAUUGUGAAUUGGGGUUUUUCCCCACUUCCUAAG